AUGAGUUCCUCAAUAAAAGAUCGAAUUUUAAUAAUGCUCGAGUUGGAACAAUUAACCGACUGUGAAUUUAUUUUCCCCGAAGAAGAAGAUCCAGAAAAAGGAAUUAUCAAAGCUCACAAGUUAAUUUUGGCUUUUGCAUCUCCCGUUUUUCAUUCCAUGUUUUUCACAUUCGGAAAUGAGCGAGAUAACAAAAUUGAGAUCCCGGAUUGUUCGGCAGAAAGUUUUGCACUUUUCUUGAAAUACGUUUAUUUGCACGAAUUGACGUUAGUUUCAAUUUACGACGCGACAGAAGUUUAUAAAAUCGCUCACAAAUACGAAGUUUUGAGCUUACAAAAACUUUGCGAAGAAUAUAUCGUCGAAGCUAUGACUCCAAAUGAGGCUUGUUCUGCUAUGAGAUUUGCUAAAUUCAUCGAAAAUGAGGAAAUAAAGAAAAAAUCUGAACAAAUGAUUGUUGAAAAUACCGUUGAAGUCCUGAAUUCGCAAGAUUUUCUCGAAACAAACGUAGAAACUGUCGAAUUUAUUGUAAAAUGUGAAAAAUUAAAAGUUGAGGAAAUAAUUUUGUUUGAAGCUGUGGAAAAAUAUGCCAGAAGUCAUAAAUUAGCAAGGCAUCAAAUGGAAAAUGUGGUACAAAAUAUCAGAUUUUUGACGAUGAGUAAGAAGGAGUUCAACGACAGAGCAAUGAGAUCAAAUUUGUUGACUUAUAUGGAGAAAUUGGCGAUAUUGAAUAAUAUUUUGUCGGAAUAUCUUCCAACUUAUGCCUAUCCGGAGGGGUUAUGUCAGUCAAAAGUUAAGAGAUUUAAUGAAAAAUUAAUUAAAAAGUGAAAAAUUUAAUAAAAAAUCAAUUUUCGCGCCAAAAUCUUGCUUGUUUUUCAAUUUAAGGCGUUGACUUUUUUAGAAAAUUUCUUUAAAGUUCAAGAAAUUAAAA